AUGGUUAGGACUAGAGGUUUAGGUCGUGCCUUAGGUAGGGUUAUUGGCAAAGCUCUGGGGAGAGAGGAUCGUCAUGAUUCUAAUGAUGCUCCCCAGUGGCGAAGGCCUACCGCAUCGGCACAUAGACAACGGGGAGUUGUCCCUAUUGUCGAGGAUGACCCUAUGGUAGCUGUAGACGUUCAUCAAUCUGGUGCAGACGCUGGUGUAGACGUACAUCCACUUGGUGCAGAGGCUGCUUCAAAUGAGCCUGAGGGAUUUCUAGGUCGACCGACCGACCCAUCAGUGCUUAUCGAGUAUGCUGAGCAUGUUGCAACCAAUGUAUGGACCGGAGAGGAACAUCCUGAACUAAAGUUAUCCUCCCAUGGGAGGAAGGUGCAAAGAUUAGGUAGGUUUGUCCCUGCCAUUGAGGGGCUAGUUGCUGGCACAGGACUAAGACCUUUGAUCGCGUGUUCAGUAAACACUGGCGAUCAGGGACUUAUAUCCUCAUUUGUGGAGAGGUGGCAGAUGGAGACCAUUAGUUUCCAUCUUCCGGUGGGGGAGGUUACCAUCACCCUGGACAACAUGGCGUAUCUUCUUCAUUUUCCCAUUGUUGGCGACUUCCAUACCUUCCUUCCUCUGCAUGUCGAUGAGGCAGUGUUGAUGUUGGUUGACUUACUACUAGUCUCACCAGAGGCAGCCUGGGCCGAGACAGGACAUUGUCAUGGACCAUAUUGUUGGAUAUAUGAGCACUUUCCGUUAGUUGCGGAGUGCAUCGCUGAUCUGGAGUACGACGAGGUGUCACCACGUGCAUGUCGGUGGAUUGCGACAAAGGCGACUGAGGCUUGCCAUGCAAUCGCUGAAAGGUUGGAGCGUCAUCUCAACCUAGGGAUAGUCACGCCAGGCAUAGAGACACAUGAGGUCAUCGAACAAUGCCUUUGGAUUGUCAGGGGUGUCACAGAAGACCGCAUUGUGUAUGUGAGGUCUCGACAUAGGCGGCGCACGGAUCAGCCAUAG